AUGGAGGCAUUAGCACAGGUGCUUUCAUGUUCGGUGUGCUUAGAGUUGUUCACUCCCCCCGUGCUGGUCCUAUCCUGCGCUCACAAUUUCUGCAAGAAGUGCCUGGAGAAGAUCCUCAUCAGCCAGAACUGUAGCCAUGUCAAUGGACAGUUCUCCUGCCCAAUGUGCAGAAAAAUCAUACCCUUGAGAGGGAGAGGAAUCAUUGGCUUGCCAAGAAAUAUUCUGGUGGAGAGUAUUUUGGAAAAAUAUAAGUAUGAGCUUGAAAAUGUGCAUGCCAAAGAACAAGACCAAUUGUCCCAAAUAUGUGAAGAACACGGAGAGCGUAUGAAUUUGGUAUGCCUGACUGAUGAUAAGCCGAUAUGUGCCAUCUGCAAACUCUUUGGAGCGCAUGAGUCCCACAAUGUAGCAAAACUAUCUGAAGUUUACUCAGAGAGGAAAAAGAGAUUGAUCAAAGAUUUAGAUUGGGUAAACCAACAAUCUGAACAUGCUGAACAAGCUAAGAAGGAAAUUGAAAUGCUGAUCAAUGAACUUACGGAUACUGCUGCUGAAGUCAAGGUUGUUAUCGAUGCCACUGGAGCAGGCUUACUGAAAGGGAUCCGGCAGAGAAUGACUGAACUCAAAGCAAUAUUAGGCAAAGAGUAUUCUAUCAAAGUAGAAAACCUUCAGCAGCUGGCAAAUGAGCUUGAAGUCCCAAGAAACCUUUAUCAAGAAAUGAAAACUCUCUUGGAGCAGCAUUCAAAUUCAGUGCAUUUUCUCCAAGAGGAUAAAAUACUCAGAAGCAAGAUAGAGAAACUUGCAAAAGGAAAUUCCUUAUACCCAAACAAAAAAGAUUAUCAUAUUUCCGUUGGGCAAUAUUUUAAAGACUUGCUCAAAGCCACCCAUAUCAACAACUAUGUCUCCUCUAAUUCCGAUGAAACACCUACAAGGUCAGAUGAGCUCCCUGAUGUGUUCAGGCCAGAAUUUCCCACUUUUUCUUUUUCUGAUGAAAUGUCUAAUGAGUCCUUCUACGUAAAAUUAUUGGAUUUUUUCCAAAAAGCAAACGAAACAAAGCAAGAUCUUAAUCAAAAUGUCUCCCGUAGGGAUAACAAUAUUACACCAAAUAGGAAUGACAUCUAAUUGGAAACAGAA